AUUUUUACUUGAUAAUGUUUUGUUUUUACCACAUGUUUAGUACAGUUUGAUUAUCGGGCUUUUCAAACUUGUCAUGUUCCGUUCAUUGAGGUCAAUCCAAUCGAAAGGCUCUUUAUAUUUCAAACGAAAGUUUGGAAUCAAAAAUGAAAAAUUGUUCAAAGAUGGUCCUAAACAAGUUAGAGAUCCUGUUACAUUAGCAGAUUAUUUUUUGUUUUCGAUUCCUUUAACUACGUUCUGUCUUGGAACAUGGCAAGUGAAAAGAUACAAGUGGAAACAAGAACUGAAAGCAGAAUUGAAAGAUCAAUUGUCAAAAGAGCCGGUGCCAUUACCUGAAGAUUUACGUAAAGUGGACGACAUGGUAUAUCAAAGAGUCUUGCUACGAGGACAUUUUGACCAUUCAAAAGAGCAAUUUAUUGGCCCAAGAGUUUUACAAAGGGAGUCUGCGGUGGCAGCGGCUAGUAUGCUUUCUGGAAAUGCCAAUGGUUAUUAUGUAGUGACUCCAUUCGUAUUAGCUGAUAGAAAUUACAGUGUUCUUAUUAAUAGAGGUUGGAUUCCAAAAGAACGACUUAAUCCUAACACAAGAAAGGAAGGACAAGUUGAAGAUGAAGUUACCAUCACUGGUAUUCUUCGAAGAUCUGAAACGGCUGAUAAUUCAUCAAGUGCAAGGGAACCUAACGGUAUUUGGCUUCGCCGUGAUAUUGAACAAAUAGCUAGAUAUGUUGAAGCUGCCCCAGUCAUGAUUGACGCUGAUUUAGAUAGUUCUAUCAAAGGCGGUCCAAUUGGUGGACAAACACGGGUUGACUUGCCCGAUAAUCAUCUAUCAUAUAUGAUUACUUGGUACGCUUUGACCUUAAUUACGGCCUAUCUUUGUGCAAAACGCAUCUAUGUGAAAAAGAACCCAAUUUUAGUCUAACUAUAAAUAAUUUUCUAGUUGAGAUCUUAUUUAGAAUUAACUUUAAUGAAAAUUUGUGUACAGAAAUAAGAGCUCAAUAAAUGUCUAAAAGCUACACAACCUCGAAA